AUGAAUGUCACAUUGAAACAGUCUCCACUGAUUGAGGACACUGAAAUCAUACAGCUACAAAUCAGCCUUGGUGACGAUCGUAAAAGCUCACAGCUACGAUUGAACGCUCUCAAGAGAAAAAUACUCAGCAGUGUGUACACCACAAACAACACCACCGCACGCACACUAACACCACUAUCGGCACCAACACCAGAACCACCACGGCCACCAAUGCAACACCACAAACACCACGGCCACCAACACCACAAACACCACGGCCACCAACACCCCAAACACCACGGCCACCAACACCACAAACACCACGGCCACCAACACCCCAAACACCACGGCCACCAACACCACAAACACCACGGCCACCAACACAACAACCAUAACGCCACCAACAUCACAACCACCACGGCCACCAACACCACAACCACUAUCGCCACCAAAACCAGAACCACCACGGCUACCAACACCACAAACACCACGGCCACCAACACCACAGCCAAUACGGCCACCAACACCACAACCAAUACGGCCACCGACACCACAACCAAUACGGCCACCAGCACCACAACCACCACAACCACCACGCCACCAACACCACAAAACAACACGGCCACCAACACCACAACAAAUACGGCCACCAACACCACAACCACUACGGCCACCAACACCUCAGGCAAUGAGGCCACUAACAGAACAACCAAUACGGUCACCAACACCACAACCAAUACGGCCACCAACACCACAGUCAAUACGGCCACCAACACCACAACCAAUACGGCCACCGACACCACAACCAAUACGGCCACCAGCACCACAACCACCACAACCACCACGCCACCAACACCACAAAACAACACGCCAAUACGGCCACCAACACCACAACCAAUACGGCCACCAACCCCACAACCACGACGGCCUCCAACACCACAGCCAAUACGGCCACCAACAGAACAACCAAUACGGCCACCAACACCACAACCAAUACGGCCACCAACACCACAACCACGACGGCCUCCAACACCACAGCCAAUACGGCCACCAACAGAACAACCAAUACGGUCACCAACACCACAACAACGACGGUAA